UAAGAAACUAACAUUCCCCUUAUUGAUAUUAUUACCCAUUAUAUUUCUAAUAAAAGGAUUGAAGUCAAUCUUCUUUUUAAUAAUAAUGAAUAGUUACUAUGCAGAAAUCUAAUAUAAACUUUUGAGUUCUAUAAAGAUCAUGAAAAUACAACCAGACACAGACACACACAUACAUACAUACAUAGAUAAGCAUAUACAAACAUACACAUAUACACCACAGAUACAAACAUAUUUUGGGCAAAUUUAAAAGGAACUCAUUAUGAUCUGGGUAAUUGAUUCAUUCAGAAGACAAACAUUUAUCACUAUGCAAUGUCAUCAUCAUCAUCAUCAUCAUUGAAAUGAUCAUUUUGACAAAAGAACAUUUCAUUCAUGACUUCCAUUGAUUGAUUAUGAUUUUUGUUUGUUUGAAUAAAUGAAUAAACAUUAUAGAAAUAGAAUAAUCAUCAUAACAAUGUCUAUUUACUACUACUAUUUACAUGAUUAAUAAGUAGUAUACAUUGAUUAAGUGGAUUCAUUAUUUUACAUUAAUCUAUUUCAUCUAUAGUGACAAAUGAUUUCUUUAUUCUAUCAUGUGAUUCAAUUUGGAAUAUGCUUAAAACCAAACAUUAAACUCUUAAUGUAGACCUUCAAAAUCAAGUAUACUAUAAUAUACAAAUGAAUACAGACGGUGGACGUUUUGAUUUUAAUGAUGGUGGCACUUAUAUUGGUAAUUGGUAUCAAGGUUCAGCUCAUGGACUUGGUUUAGCUACAGGACCAAAUGGUAUUGGUGAAUAUUCUGGUGAAUGGAAUUUAGGCUUUGAAACAUGUGGUGUAUAUUUAUGGCCAAAUGGAAAUAUGUACGCUGGUACAUGGAUUAAAGGAAAACGUCAUGGUAAUGGUAUUCAAGUGAGAGGAAAAUGGAUUUAUCAAGGUGAAUUUAAUUCAGGUGCUUUUGGUCAAUAUGGAGUUAAAACAUCAAUAAAUAGUCAAGCAAAAUAUGAAGGUAGUUGGAAUGUAAAUCGAUUUGAAGGUUUUGGAAUUGAAACAUGCGCUGAUGGAAGUAUAUAUGCUGGUGCUUGGUCAAAAGGAUUUCGUCAUGGUUUAGGUGUUCGUAAAUCAUUUAUUAGUUAUAAAACUAAUACAACAUUAUCAGAUAAUUUAUCAAAUACUACUAUAAACAUGGAAACAAUAACUACUACUACUAAUCCUAUUACCACUACCACCACCACCACCAGUUGUACCACCACCACCUGUAUCACCACCACCACCACCACAACAACAACAAAGAUACCGAUUACAAAAACAGAAUAUCUAAAUGAAUUAGAUCAAAUGAAAAACAUUCAUAUCAUUAAUCAAUCACUUAAAUCUAAUGAUAAACAUCAUAGUUCUAAUAUAAAUUUACCAUUAAAAGAAACUCUAUCAGUAAGUCGUAAAGCUGUAAUUGGUAGAGCAAUUAUGCGUCGAUUAAAAAAACAACAUUCAGCAAUUGAAUUAGGUCGGUCAAUAAAUAGUACUAAUACUACUCCUACCACUACUACUACUACUACUCAUACUAAUACUACUUAUAACAAUACUCCUCCUCCUACGACUACUACUACUAAUACUACUAAUGACAAUACUACUACUAAUAAUACUACUACUCAUACUACUAUUAAUAAUCCAUUAAAAAUAUAUUCUGGUGAAUGGUUUCAAGAUCAACGUUCUGGUUAUGGUAUAUCAGAACGUUCUAAUGGUUUAAUAUAUAUUGGUGAAUGGAUACGUAAUCAAAAACAUGGUUAUGGUAUAUUAAUUAAUCCAAAUGGUACACGUGAUGAAGGACAAUUUCAAGCGAAUCAAUUAAUUAAUAAAAUUAAUCGUAAAAAUAAAUUACAUUUAGUACGUCAAACAAAAUUAAAAGAAUGUGUUGAAUAUGCAUUAAUACGUGCUGAAACUGCAGCAAACAAGCUAAAUUAA